GCUCCACCUCCGCCCCCCACGGCUCGACCUUUCGCGCCGCCGACUCGCCUCGCCUCGCCCCGCUAGGGUUUGCCGUUCCCGACGCAGGCGAAGGCGGCGGCGUCUCGGGGCGGCGCCGUCUUCGUGCCCUCCCGCUCCCAAGAUAUGGCAAUGCAAGCUGAUAGCUCGGCUGCUCCUUAUAGUCCACAUGUGGUUGCGGGUGCAUUUGUCAAAAAAUACUACCAUACUCUCCGUUACAUGCGAGAGGAUGCCUAUAAGUUCUAUAAUGACUCGAGCAUUCUUGGUCGAUCAGAUUCUAAUGGAAACAUCAUAUCGGUAACCACACUGGAUGAUAUCAAAGUGCAACUUCAGUCUACAGACUUCACUGACUGUUUGAUAAAGUUGGAGACUGUAGAUUCACAGCCAUCCCAUCUGGAUGGGGUGCUCAUUUUGGUUGCUGGAUCUUUUACUAUUGAUGCUGUGAAACAAAAAUUUACACAGUCGUUCUUUCUUGCUCCACAAGGAAGUGGCUAUUUUGUUUUGAAUGAUAUGCUCAGAAUUGUAAGGCCAUCAACUGAGGUGAAGGAAGUUGUAGCUAACCAUGAUGAUGUAAGCAUACAGAGUACCACCUUGCCAGCUGAGCCAGAAACAGUUUCAAUUAAGGAGAGUACAGAACCAAAUAUUCCACCUACAGAAAACAUAAUGCCUGUCAAUGAUGAAGUCAUUAGUCCCUCUACAAAUGCUGUUUCUCAAGUUAAAAAUGAUGCUGUUGUUGAGACAUGUGUGAAAGUGGUUAACAAGGAUAUUGAGAAGGUAUCUGAGGCCACUCAAGCUCCUCCUCCGGCUGAGAAGGAAGUACCUAAGAAGACUUAUGCAUCAAUUGUUAAGACAACCAGGGAGAGCAUACCACCUGCACCUGCUGCUAAACCCAAACCCAGCCCAAGGCCAAAGCCGGAUCAAAAUGCGAAGAAAUCUGUGUCCUCACCUUCAAAACCUGCUCAAGCUACUAACACUGCACCCCCAAGCGAGAAGAAUGUGUCUAAAACCAAAUCCCCUGAUGAGCCAGGGUAUUCAGUUUUUGUCAAGAAUUUGCCUUUUGAAGCAACUGUUGAAAUGGUUGGGCAAGAGUUUAGCAGGUUUGGUGCUAUUAAACCUGGUGGUAUACAAGUCAGAAAAUACCAGCUUGAUCAGUUCUGUUUUGGCUUCAUUGAAUUUGAGUCUCAACAUUCCAUGCAAGCAGCAAUUGAGGAAUCUAGAGUUUAUUUCGGCUCCUGGGAAUCAUAUGUUGAGGAAAAAAGAACUAAAACCCGAGUUGUUGAUGGUGUUGUCACUCGUUGUGACGACAAUGGGGCUGGCAGUCGGUUCCCGUCAGGCAGAGGUGGUUACAAUGGUGACAACUACAGGGGACAGGGCUUCCGGAACAAUGGCUACUACAACGGUGGUGGUAACAUGAGGAACGACUUCAGGAACCAGAACGAGUAUUCAGACCGUGGCCGAGGGCCUCAAGGGAAUGGCUACCCGCAGAACGGUAACGGCUACCACCGGAACAGGAACGGCUACCAUCAGAACGAUGGCUACCACCAGAACGAUGGUAAUCAACAGCGACGCCCCUACAACAAUGGGAAUGGGAAUGGAAACGGGAGGGCUGAGCGCGGCAAUGGUCUCAAGCAACAGACACCAACACCGGUUGCUUCGUAGACUGGUCAUUUUGUAGCCCAUGGGAGUAGUGAAGGAGUUUUUUGAGGGUAGAAGUGAGGGUGUUUUUUUAGGUUAGCGAAUGAGGAGUGUUCUCGCAGCGGCUUUGUUUACGUGUCCUAGGAACUAGGAGCAUCAGGUUUACACAAACUUCGGCAUGGGCUGCAUUUAUGAAUUCCAUCCCAUGGGCUAUGUUGGGCGCUUAUCUGGAGAUAGCAAUUGUGCGAUUUGACUUC